UACAGUACCUCGAGUGAAGGGAGAAAAACGAGAGCGGACCAGUGUCUGAAAUAUUAAUUUAGCUGGUACUUAUUGCAGGUAAAAAAAGCACCUUCCGAUCGAAAUUCAAACGACAUUGUAGUGUCAAGAAGACAGUUUCUUCGUGAAGUAUGGAAGUCAGCAGGGACCAUUAUUACGAUAUCUGUAAGAGGCUUCUGACGUUAGUCGGUCAGUGGCCUUAUCAGAAGCGGAGAGAAAGUUUGUUUUUCUUCAUAUUAAUACUCGUUUUCGAUGCCAAUGUACUCGUCGCCCAGAUCGCAAGAUUUUUUGUAUGCGAUAACAUGCAGUGUAUCUUUGAAACCUUACCUCCACACCUACUGGCGGCGAUUGUUCCGGUGAAAAUUUUCACGUAUCGAUUUAACAGCCAGAAAGUACGUUAUAUUAAUACGAAUGGCAUUGAUAUUCUAAUAGUGAACUACAUUAAACAUCUCACAGAUCGCUUAUUCAUAGACUGGGAUAUGCUCGAGUCUGAAACAGAACGCGAUAUUAUGAGAAGGUACGCCGAAAAUGGUAGAUGGUACGUGCUUAUAUAUAGUUCGUACGUUUACAUAUCUACCAUUUCAUUUACAAUAACCUCACUCACGCCACGCAUUUUGGACAUAAUAUUUCCCUUGAACACUUCUCGUCCUAUAAUGCUGCCGUAUCCGGCGUACUAUUUCGUCGACGAAAAUCAAUAUUUCUACUAUAUUUUUCUCCAUAUGAUAAUUUGCGCCACUGUGGUGCUAACCGGGUUAGUCGCGCACGAUUGCAUGUUUUUUACCUACAUCGAACAUAUCUGCGGCCUUUUCGCCAUCGUUAGAUACAGAUUUCAGCAUGUAUCGCAUGAACGUAUUAAUACGGAAAAAAGUAUGAUGGACUGUCCGGAUUACAUGUAUUACAGAAACGUCGUUAUUUCGGUUUACGUUCAUCGAAAGGCCUUGCAGUUUGCUAAACUUCUCGAGGACACUUUUUCGACAUCGUUCGCCGUUCAAAUCUUGUUAAUUACAAUCUGCUUGAGCAUUACCUUGAUACAACUCUCGACGCAUCUACACGAUUCGGCGGAGGCGAUGAGAUACUUCGUCUUCAUUAUGGCCCAAUUGUUUCACUUGUUCUGCAUUAGCUUCCAAGGGCAGAAGCUGAUAAAUCAUAGUCUCGAAACUUGCGACAACAUAUAUCAUAGCUCAUGGUAUAAAAUACCUGUGAGGGAACAGAGAUUGCUCUUGUUCGUCAUGAGAAAGAGCAUUGAGGCUUGUGCCUUGACCGCCGGCAAAAUAUACGUUUUUUCGUUAGAAAAUUUUACAACGAUCGUGCAAAGCUCGAUGUCGUACUUUACAUUAUUAUCGUCCUUUGACGUAUCAUGAUCGAUAUAUCUGAUGAUUAAGACAGCAUGCAGUAAAAUAUCCAUGAGAGAUAUGUUUUGCAGAAAAUAUAUCAAGCAGUCUUAAUGUGUAUAGAAGAAAAAUUAGAGAACAAGAGUAUAUCGCAG